GGAGAGUCGCGAGACACUGGCUCAAAGUAACGGAGGGGGCUGAGCGCGAGCUGCGGACUUAGCCGGCUAGCAAGCAUCGGCUCAUGUCGUCGGCUUUUAACAGUUUUAACAUUUUAUUAUAGUAUUUUUUUUUUACACUCGGCAGCGGAGUUUUAACAUAAAUUCAGUAAAAACAUACAGUUCAGGGUGUUUCCCGUCGCGACGAAUCGACGGAAUGGAUAUUAGCUGGCCGGCUAGCUGACAAGCCACCUCCGAGCUAGCAUCAAAGUUGGUGAAACUAGCCGAAGCGGUUUUUUUUUUUUAAUUCUUGAGUUUUUAUUGAAAUAUAGUUGACAAGUAUUUAAUGAGUAGAUCAUUAAGUGGUUGUUCCUAAUUUUUAUUUGUUCGAAAACACACACCAGAGAAAUUUGUGAACGAAGGGGAGUGGCGAAAAAAAAGAGCCGCGCUGUGGUCGCUUGUGUCCGGCUGUGAGCCGCGAUGUUCCCCAACUCGCAGAAUCAGCUGGUGUUCCCAAAUCAGCAACAACAGCAACAAACUCUACAGCACCUCCAGUUUCACGCCAAACCCGCGCUUCAGAUAAAGAAAAACGCCAUAACAGAUGACUACAAGGUCACCAACCAGGUUCUGGGCUUGGGGAUCAAUGGAAAGGUGUUGGAAAUCGUCCAGAAGAAGAACGGAGAGACGUACGCGUUGAAGAUGCUGCAGGACUGUCCCAAAGCCAGACGUGAGGUAGAAUUGCACUGGCGAGCCUCACCCUGUCCUAACAUCGUUCGCAUCAUAGAUGUGUAUGAGAACCUAUACCAAGGUCGCAAGUGCUUACUCAUCGUCAUGGAGUGUAUGGGUGGUGGGGAGCUUUUCAGUCGAAUUCAGGACCGAGGGGACCAGGCGUUCACAGAGAGAGAGGCUUCAGAUAUCAUGAAGAGUAUUGGAGAAGCCAUCCUGUUUCUACACUCUAUCAAUAUAGCACACAGAGAUGUCAAGCCGGAAAAUCUUUUGUAUACCUCAAAACGACCCAACGCCGUCCUCAAACUUACAGACUUUGGGUUUGCCAAAGAGACGACCACACUCAAUUCUUUGGCUACUCCAUGCUACACUCCCUAUUAUGUCGCCCCUGAAGUUCUUGGUCCAGAAAAAUAUGACAAAUCCUGUGAUAUGUGGUCUUUGGGUGUCAUCAUGUACAUUCUGCUCUGUGGGUACCCACCUUUCUAUUCCAAUCACGGCCUGGCCAUAUCACCUGGGAUGAAGAAAAGGAUCCGCAUGGGACAGUACGAGUUUCCUAAUCCCGAAUGGUCCGAAGUCUCAGAAGAAGCUAAACAACUCAUCAAGAGGUUGCUAAAGACAGAGCCUUCAAUGAGGAUGACCAUAUCAGAGUUCAUGUAUCAUCCCUGGAUCAAUCAAUCAAUAGAAGUGCCAGAGACGCCCUUGCACACCAGUCGUGUUCUGAAAGAGGAGAAAGAUGUCUGGGAGGAAGUCAAGGAGGAAAUGACGAGUGCCUUGGCCACCAUGAGAGUGGACUACGAGCAGAUCAAAAUCAAGACCAUUGAGGACUCCUCCAAUCCACUGCUUAUGAAGAGGAGAAAAAAAGCCAAUAGUACUACCGUGGCUGCUGAAAAUCAGACCCCCAACAGCUGAGGGCAGUGUUAGUCUCACAUGCAUCCAUAUAUGUUUAGGUUCAUAAAAGGUUUUAAUAAGAAAGCAAUAAUUAAUUUUUAAAAUGGCAGCGUUUGAGGGAAUGGAAAUUAAAACCGAUCUUAUCUCUUUUACUGAUAUAUAUUUUUUUUCUCUUUUUUUUUCGGUUUUCUAAAGAAUUCUUUUUAUUACUCAGUCUUUGUAUCUGUUUAACCACUCUGUGUCAUGAAAAGGCAUUCAGACAUUUGUAAAGCCAAAAAGUUAUGUAUUCCCAAACAAGUCUGUAGUUGCUCGAUCAUAUUACAGUUUCCUCACUUUGUUAUAUUGGUGAAGAGAUGACUGAACAGAAGUAUUGUUUAGCUUUUUCUGUUCUGUAAUUCCCCCCCCCCCCCUCCUCGAAUCAAAGCCAUUGGUACAUUUAUCACACGCACAUUUUGUCACUGAUAUUUAAUUUUCUAUUCAUUUGUUCUGCAUGUGCAAACAAGGUUUCACUCGAUUUUCAUGGGUUCUUUAGUUUGCAUGUGCGUUUCUCAGGUGCCUGUGAUAAAACUACCGGAGGAACUCAUGCCUUAUGCAAGCUUUCUCACAAAGCGUCCACCCCCACCACCAACCACCAUCCCCACCUCACUCCCCUUUCUCAGAAACACCCCUGCACUUGUAUGCGUUUAAAAGGCUAAUCUGAAAGAAAGGGCAACUAUAUCACUGACGUGCACACCGAGCGAACGUGCUCUUGAAAUGACUUGUCGAAUGUAGACGAACUCUCUUCCUGACUGUAAAGCUCUUGGAACACCUGUUUCACACUGCCUUUUGAGGUCCAGUCAUUCAAAGGGUUCGGAUUUUUUUCAGAGCUUCGUUUUUAGUGGCCUGUGUUGCUGAGGUCAUUCUGCUGGUUUGACAGUGGGACGUAUUUUGGCUCCUGACUAAACAGAUUCUGUUUCCAGAAGGAGACGCCUCUUCGACACAUUUUCUACAUCGUUUUAACCAAUUCACACUCGCUUUUAUGCUUGAAGCAGCCUGUUUGGAUGUUCUGUAGUUUGCCUCAUUAGUGCUCUACAUGAUAGCCACCAUUUUAUUUUAUAUGCUUUGGUCAGUGUUUCUUUAAAAUGAUCUAUGAUUAUACUGUACGUUUUACACUGUUGUUGGCCCUCAUCAGUUAAAUGCACACGCCUUUUAGAAAUUGAUCAGUAUGAUAAGGGAACGUCUUGUGAAUGGACACUGAUGGUUGCAAAGCUUUGUUCUUUCCAGUGUCUAUGCAUUUUCGUUUAUUUUUCCAUGCUAAGCCAUUUAAGAAUAGACUUGCUAUGUGAAACCAUUUGUAUAAUAAUCAGAGAACCAUAUCAUUUGAUUUUGUCAUCAAGUGUUAUCCCGGUAUUUUUGUAAAAAAAUAUUUUUUUUUUUUCAUUUGCCCUUUUGUGGAGGGGUCAGAUUUUAAACCACACUCAGUGCAGCAUCUCAAAUACUACAGUGGUAGAAAGAAUCUUUAUAUGUACAUCCCAGCAAACUGGCAUUGCUGUUUGUUUUUUUUUUUUUUUAUAGCACUGAUGGGCAGGAUGGUGAUUUCAUCCCUUUUUUGUUUUUUCUUUCUUUUUCAUUUUUUAUUCAAAUUUUAUGUGUAAAAAAUAUGGAUACAGGUUAAUCUAUUGAAAGUAUUCGAGUGGAAGCAAUGGACCUCUAACUAAUUCAAAGGAUUUCUGUACCCAUGUUUUCCCCCAGUGUGGAAGUGAAAAGAAGUAUGUUUUUGAAUCUCGUUGCUAUUCAGUUGUAAGCCAUUCUCAUCCUUUGUUCAUUUCUUUAGCACAUUUUUUUGGGGUAAAAACCUGACGAACAUGAUGUAGAGAUUUAUGAGUCCCAGGCUAACUUUUUUGCAGCACAGAACCAAAAAUUUAUUUUCAGUGUUCAGCUGCUGUAGUCUUGGUCUGCUUCAACUUUGGAUUAAAACACAUGAAAACAAA